AUGUCUUCCGCCGCCUUGGCUCGCGUCGCGCGGGCGAGGCUCUUCACCCUACGGCCCCGACUGCCCGUCUGCCAGAACAUUACCAAGCCUGCCCUUGCUCCUGCGAGCGCGGCGGGUUUCGCUUCGAGCAGCAAGAGGUUGUCCGCGGAUCCGCAUCAGGAGGAGAGCUUUGAGGAAUUUACUGCGAGAUACGAGAAGGAAUUCGACUCGGUACAAGACGUCUUCGAGCUCCAACGCAAUCUCAACAACGCCUUUGCCUACGAUCUCGUCCCCGCCCCCUCCGUCAUCAUCGCCGCUCUGAGAGCAGCACGCCGCGUCAACGACUUCCCUACUGCCGUGCGGAUAUUCGAGGGCAUCAAAGCCAAAGUAGAAAACCAAGGCCAAUACGACGAAUACGUCGAGGAGCUCAAGCCCAUCCGCGACGAGCUGGGCGUCAACCUGAAAGAAGCCAUGUAUCCCGAGCCAGCCUCAUAG